AUGGCACCUCCUAUAGCAACCGAUCUCGCCAGCUCCGUCAGCGCUCAGGCCCAUGAAUUACACCGGGCGGCACGCGCCGAAAAGGCGAAAGUAAAGAUGACUGUUCUCGAAAAGCCCAUCUUCGAGGAUAAGAUCGAAGAACGAGAGUACCUGAAAGGCCGACUAGCCGCGGCGUUUCGCAUUUUUGGCAAAUUCGGCUAUGACGAAGGUGUGGCCGGACAUAUUACCCUUCGGGAUCCUGUGGAGCCGACCACCUUUUGGGUGAAUCCGUUUGGAACGGCAUUCUCGUUGAUGAGGGCUUCUGAUCUGAUUCGCGUUAAUCAUACCGGUCAGGUUAUUGAUGGUGGAGAGAAUCGGAUGCUCAAUGCCGCGGCAUUUAUGAUUCAUUCGGCUAUUCAUGAAGCGCGGCCUGAUGUCAUCUGUGCGGCGCAUACGCAUAGCCUUUAUGGAAGGGCUUUUUGUUCGUUGGGUCAACCGCUUGAUAUCAUUUCGCAGGACUCUUGCGCGUUCUAUAAUGACCAUGUGGUGUACAGGCAAUUCAAUGGCGUCGUGCUCGAGGAGCAUGAAGGCGUACAGAUUGCUGAAACUUUGGGAAAUAAAAAGGCGGCUCUUCUGCAGAACCACGGGCUAUUGACGGUUGGUGAGUCGGUCGAGGAAACCGUCUUCUGGUUCGUUAGUUUGGAGAAGUCCUGCCAUACACAGCUGCUGGCAGAUGCGGCGGCAGCAGGCCGAGGUAGAGCGACGGUUAAAAUUGACGAUGCCGAUGCGGCUCUCACGUACAAAACGGUGGGCACUCCGAAGGCUGGAUGGUUCAGUGCGAAACCAUUGUUUGACGUGAUCCAGCGAGAGACAAGGGGUGAAUAUUUAGGAUAA